CCGCUUUGUUCUGUUGUUAGCUUCACAGCUGCUUCUGGCGCUGCUGCAUCGACCUUCGCUAGUAAAGGAUGGCAGGAAAAGCGUGGAGGUCAACGAUCUUUAACCUACUAAGACAGUGGGGUUUGUCCAUCAAUGGCAAGGAUAAAAUCGAGGCUCAGGAAGUGUCGCGGGUGGUUGGAGCUUUGAGGACAGAAACUCCACAACCCAGGACGUAUGUGCGUGGGAUUCACACUGUCACUUUAAUCCCCGGUGAUGGAAUUGGUCCAGAGAUAUCCUCUGCUGUCAUGAAGAUAUUUGAAGCAGCUAAAGCACCUAUUCAGUGGGAAGAGAGAAAUGUUACAGCCAUUAAAGGACCUGGUGGUAAAUGGAUGAUCCCUCCUGAUGCCAAAGAAUCCAUGGACAGAAACAAAAUUGGCCUAAAAGGUCCUUUGAAGACACCAAUAGCGGCAGGCCAUCCCUCUAUGAACUUGCUGCUCAGGAAAACCUUUGACCUUUAUGCCAAUGUCCGCCCCUGUGUGUCCAUCGAGGGCUACAAGACCCCCUACACUGAUGUGAACCUGGUCACCAUCAGAGAGAACACUGAGGGGGAAUACAGUGGGAUUGAACAUGUGAUUGUUGAUGGAGUUGUACAGAGCAUUAAGCUCAUUACAGAGCAGGCCAGCCAACGCAUCGCAGAGUAUGCUUUUGAAUAUGCCAGAAAUAAUCAGAGGGCCAGUGUUACUGCUGUUCAUAAGGCCAAUAUUAUGCGCAUGUCAGAUGGGCUGUUUCUGCGGAAAUGCAGAGAGGCUGCUGAAAAGCACAAAGAUGUGAAAUUCACAGAGAUGUACUUGGAUACUGUGUGUCUUAAUAUGGUACAGGAUCCCACACAGUUUGAUGUAUUAGUAAUGCCAAAUUUGUAUGGAGACAUCUUGAGUGAUCUUUGUGCUGGACUGAUUGGAGGUCUUGGAGUGACUCCUAGCGGGAACAUUGGGGCCAAUGGUGUUGCCAUAUUUGAGUCGGUUCAUGGAACGGCCCCAGACAUAGCAGGAAAAGACAUGGCCAACCCCACCGCCCUGCUGCUCAGUGCAGUCAUGAUGCUGCGGCACAUGGGCCUGCAUGGCCACGCCAACAAGAUAGAAGCUGCCUGCUUUGACAUCAUUCGAGACAAAAAGGUUCUAACAAAAGACCUGGGAGGGAACUCAAAGUGCUCAGAAUUCACAGAAGCAAUAUGUCAACGAGUGCUGGAUCUGGACUAAAAGGAUCCUUAAAAUACCAACGGUUGAUUAUUAGGGUCGCUUUAUGUCACCAUGUUACGGUGUAUGUGCACAUUUAAACCAUAUUAUGUAUUUUUAAAACACUCAGGAGUUAAAGAUCCUGAUUGUGUUAUUGUUAACUUUGCAAGCUCUAAAAUAAUGUCUUAAGAACAACAGUUACUGUAAUUGUGUGUAUAUGUGGAUAUUGUUUAUUUAAUGGCUUAAUUUGGCCACUUGUCAAAUGUAAUUGACACUUUUAUUUGACAUAAAAGAUGCAAUUUGUAACGUCCAUGGUCGCUUAAGUAACACUGAAGAUGUUUGUCAAACAAUCAACUAUGUGUCUUACAUUCCUAAUGUGAAAAAAAUGGAUUAAAGCUUUUAUUAAUUUACAUAUAAUCAGGCUUCUGUUACGUGAAACAGAUGUUUUGCACUAAGUUUUUAUUUUCUGUCAUACUGCUGCAAAUAUCAUGAAUGUUUAAAGAAACAUAAAUAUCACUAUGACAACUGAACUGCCAGACCUUUUAUUUAUUGUUAUGCAAUUACUUGACUAUCUCAGCUGCUAUGAUGAUGACUCUAUCAAUAAGAUUCCUGUUGGAAGAAUAUGAAGAAGAAAAAUAUAUACUUUAUUAAUAUAUUAUAAAGAUAUUCAGUUUUCACUCUGUUGUUAUACAGUUACAGUUGAAAUACACACAUGCACACACAGGACCAUAUGGGGACUCAAACCAGUCUUUAUGGACCAAAUAUCUAAUAUUCAAAACCAAAUGGUAUUUACACAAAAUACAAGAUCCUGUCAUGAAAGUAACUGUUAUGAUUUAAAGGCAUCAAAAGAUGUAAUUGCAGACCAGAGUCGAACAUAAGUCAAAAAUAAAUAUUUCUGCCUAUGAGAAAA